AUGCGAAGCAUGCGACGGCCGCGGCCAUGGGCCUUGGUGUUCCUUUCAUUGGCUGCGGCUGAGAGCCUUGACUCUGAGGAGGUUUUCCCCGUGUCGCUGCUGCAGCUGAAGUGGCAGCUUGGAAGAAGUGAGAUUGCCACAGACGUGGAGGCUGUGCCGUCCACAGACUGCCGCGGCUCGUUCGAUGUGUGCCACCUUGCAAAGCACGAGGUUUGCGCGUACAUCCCUGGGUGCAGCUGGCAUGCGGAGACGGCGUACGGGGGCUGGUGCUCCGGAGAGAAGGAGAGCUGUGCCCACCUGGACCGAGAGAGCUGCGCUGAGCCCUGCCAUUGGACGACGGCCUGGCGAGAGACGCAGUGCCGGGGGGAUCUCAGCCGAUGGCAAAACCCCGGCUGCACUUUCACCAGCGACCGGGAGGCCUGCUUGUGGAUGCCCGGCUGCAACUGGGCGGGGCUCAGCGCCUAUGGCGGCUGGUGCACUGGAAACCCCUUUUGCUCGUUUGAGACGACCUCUGCGGCCUGCGCUUCCAAGGGCUGCCAAUGGCAGACAUCGACUUAA